AUACCCACCUUACCAAAUUGAUAAAAAAAAAAAAAGAAGAAAAAAUAUUCUUCUACUUUAAAUUUGAUCCAAGCAAAUCCAAAUUGGUUCAUUGUUUGUUUUUUUUUUGAUAAAAUUAUAAAUUUGUGAUUGAAUCAAUUUUGGGUUUUCCCUUUUUUUUUUUUGGAAUUUUUUGUGAAAAAUUCGAUUUGGGGGUUGAAGGAUAUGGGUUCAUAUUUUGAUCGAUGGGAGAAAGAUCCGUUCUUCUCUGCUGCAGAGGAGGUUCAGGAAUCUGCCGACAGGAUGGAAUCAACUUAUAGAACAUGGAUUCAUGCGUUGAAGGAUACUUCUGGACGUUGGAAUUCCGACGAGCUGUGCAGAGACCUAAGGACUACCCUUGGCACUGCUAAAUGGCAGUUGGAGGAAUUUGAUCGGGCAGUUAGUUCAAGCUACAGUAAUACAUCAACUGAUGAUGCUAAAGAAAGGCAUGGUGAAUUUGUUAUUGCCAUGGAUAAUCAGAUUAAGAAAGUAGAGAAGAGUCUAAAUGAAUCAGCUUUUUCACAAGGCAAUCAAUGGGUGCGCUUGGAUGAGAGGGAGCUCGAUGAACUAGCCGUGUUUCUCUCAGGACCAUCGACCUCUUCAUCAUUUUCAGACAAAUCCUCUGUAAAAGUUGACGAAGUUGAGCAGAAACCAGCUUUGUGGGAAGAGGAUUGUAAGCAACGAAUGCCAGAGUAUUCAAAAAGUUCAUCUAACUUAGUGGACGGGAGUCAAGUUGACACCAAGGAUGAGAUGUAUUCAGGGCACCGGAAGACAGCAAGUGCUUGUGGUGAUAUUAGUGCUUGGAAGAUUGCAGUUGCUGAUGAUAUUUGCGGCAAACAACCUGUACCACCCCCCCGCAAGAUACCCAGUAUUCAGGGCCUGUUGAAUUGCGUGGAAUCUGCGACGAAGUUGAAGUGGUCAAAGAAUGGUUACAGGAAGCUGAGGUUCAACUCUGAUGAUCAUCAAGAAGCUGAUUGUACAUUGCCACAGUCUCUUCCAUUGACUAGGGGCAUUAACACAUGUUGUGAGAGGAGUAAAAGUUGCCUUGAUUGUUGUGAUGAAAGGUACCAGAAGCAACUUAAUGGUUGGUAUGGAGCAGUACAACGACAGCUGCAAAGGUCUCAGUAUUAUGUGAAAUACAAUCGUCCUGUUCAAACGGUUUCUUCUGUGGUUCUUCUAAUUUUCUUUAUUGUUUUAUUGGGGUUCCAUAUUUGAGUGACGAGCCUAUAUUCCUGCAAACGAAGAAAAAAGCUUGCUGGGUUCGAAAGAUCAACAAACAACUGCCUAUUAUUUAUACCUUAUACAGGCAGGUGAUUUUAUUGGAGUUAUAUGAAGUGAAAGCUGGAACAGAUUGCACUAAAAUUGUUGCAGUAAUACAUACCUUAACCAUAUAUCAUGCCAAUUUAAGUGGUACUAGUAGUGGCUGGCUAAUUACUGUUGUAUUAUAAGAUGAAUCUUAAGGAUUGCAGGUAAAAUGUUGUUCAAAACCUGCAUCCACAGAAAUGAACCAUUUCAGGUCUAUUUGACCCGCGACAUCGUGUAUAGUGUGCUAUUAUUCAUUAUCUGGAUAUUGGUCUAAACUCCUUAUUCUUCUUCUUCUU